AAGAGAUCUCUGAUUUCAAAAGAAAACAGAGGAGGUGAGAUUAAAAGGAAAAAAGGAGGAAGCAAGAAAAAAAGUACGAGAAGAAAGAAGAACAGAGUCGAUUUGAGAGGGGCAAGUUUGAGAGCUUGAGACAGAUCAGAGACAUAGAGGCUAAAAAUUGGGGAUUUGGGGUUUAUUUUUUUAUGAGGAGAAAAGCAGAGGGCAUUCUGAGAGUAAAGAAGAGAAGCUGAAAAGAGAGCAAACAGAGAAGCAGAGAAGGGGUCCGGGAUUUUAUAGUGCCUGUUGAAGACUAGAAGAAGAUAGAAUUGCUAUGAUGUUGGAAAUUUUAAACGACUAUGGAGUUUGAGCACUCUUCGUGAAGAAGAGAAUGUUAGGGACUCAUCAAGUUACGCAAUGGCAUUCAAGGUACAUUGUGGACUUCCUCUGGACUCGGAUUUUCAGCCGAUCCAUGGGUGGGGGUCCACGAACCUUCCGUGGUGGCCUUAACAAGUGGCAGUGGAAGCGCCUUCACGAGAAGAAGGCCAAAGAAAAGGAAACAAGAUUACUUGAGCAAGAAAAACAGCUGUACGAAGCCCGAGUGCGAUCUGAAAUCAGAGCCAAAGCAUGGGGCAAAACUGAGCCCGAACCAUCCCAAUAUAGCCCCAUGAGCCCCCAAGAGCACAUCAAAGCAUUAGCUGAUCGUUUCAUGAAAGAAGGAGCUGAAGACUUGUGGAACCAGGAUGAUGGGCCAAUAAAAUCUGGUGAGCAGCAACGGUCCUCUCCAGCUGGAAACAAUGGGCCACGAUUCUUCAGUUCGCCGAAGCUGAUAUUAGGUAACAAUAGUUUAAUGGGUAGUCAGGGAAACAUGGACUCAACUGCCGUACUCGGCAGUAAUUAUGUUAAAAAUAGAAAUUACUCGGUGUUGAGUAGAGGGAAAUCUUGCAGAAACGGGAGCUCUUCUAGUGGGGAAGAUUCUUACUUGGAUUCAAGGAAGGAUUUCGUUCGUAAGUUCAUGGGUUAUGGAGUAAAAUCGAGUAACCAAAGAAAUGGGAAGGAUACUGUGAAUGAAUUGGAAUUUAAGGUGCGAAAACAGAACGAAUUUAAGAGAAGCGAGAGUUCUUCUAGUGAGGUUGAUUUGGAUGUCAAGCCAGUAGGAGCUAUUGAGCGUAAUUUACUGCAUAAGAAAAGUGGGAAUGAAAAAACCAGGCAGUUGUCAAUUCAAAGAAGGUUCAGGAGGAACCAGAGCUCCUCGAGCGAUGAUGAUUCAGAAUUUGAUUCCGAGGAACAGAGAGGAGGUUGGCAGGAUGUGAGGAAGAUGGGGAGUAGUGCAUCACUGGGUAAGUACGAUAUGAAGAUAACCAAGAGAAUUCCUUUGAAGAAUGUUGAGGAGGAGAUUGAUUUUUCAGAGCAGGUUGAGAUGAUAAGGAAAGAGCUUUGUAGUAAGUCGGUUCAAGAUGAAAGAGUGCCAAUUGAUGAGGGACUUAUCUAUAGUGAAAAAAGAUUUGAUGAAUGUGGUAUUUCUCCACUGACGAUUAAGGCACUUUCUGCAGCUGGAUAUGUUCAGAUGACUAGGGUACAAGAGGCUACUCUUUCCCUUUGCCUUGAUGGCAAGGAUAAUCUGGUCAAAGCCAAAACUGGGACAGGAAAAACUGCAGCUUUUUUGGUUCCUGCAAUUGAAGCAGCUUUGAAGGCUACUAGUGAAAACACGAAUUGGCAAGUGCUUCCAGUUUUUGUUCUCAUUCUUUGCCCAACAAGAGAACUUGCAAGUCAGCUUGCUGCAGAAGCAAAAGCAUUGCUGAGGUACCACAGCGGCAUAGGUGUGCAAACUCUAGUUGGAGGUACACGUUUCAAAGUUGACCAGCAACGCCUAGAAGCAGAUCCAUGCCAGAUAAUAGUUGCAACGCCUGGCAGGUUGCUGGAUCAUAUUGAGAAUAAGUCUAGGUUAUCUGUGCGUUUAAUGGGAUUGAAAAUGCUCAUACUUGAUGAAGCUGACCACUUACUAGAUCUGGGAUUCCGGAAAGAUCUGGAAAAAAUUGUUGAUUGUCUGCCUCGUCAGCGGCAGUCCAUGCUUUUUUCAGCAACCAUACCAAGAGAGGUCCGCCGAGUUUCUCAGCUUGUUUUGAAAAGGGAGCAUGUUUAUAUUGAUACAGUGGGCUUUGGUAGUGCAGAAACUCAUGCUAAGGUUAGACAAUAUUUUCUUCUUGCGCCUCAUGACACACAUUUCCAAAUGGUCUACCAUCUGUUAAAGGGGCAUAUCUCUCAAACAAUUGAUUAUAAGGUGAUUGUUUUUUGUGCAACUGGGAUGGUAACAUCACUUUUGUACUUGCUGCUCCGAGAAUUGAAAAUGAAUGUCAGGGAGAUAAAUUCUAGAAAGCCACAACUUCAUAGAACCUCUGUAUCUGAUGAGUUCAGGGAAGCAAAGCAACUGAUUCUUGUUACAUCUGAUGUAUCAGCCCGUGGGAUGAAUUAUCCUGAUGUUACUUUGGUUAUCCAGGUGGGUAUUCCUUCUAGCCGGGAACAAUACAUACAUCGUGUCGGAAGAACAGGAAGAAAGGGCAAUGAAGGAGAAGGCAUCUUGUUGCUUGCCCCAUGGGAAAAGUACUUCUUGGAAGAAUUAAAAGAUUUGCCUAUUGAGCCAUUGCCAAUGCCAUUGCCAAAUUUGGAUUCUGAAGUUAAAGUUCAGAUGGAUAAUUCAAUUGGAAGGAUUGAUACCCGUGUCAAAGAAGCAGCUUAUCAUACUUGGCUUGGUUAUUAUAAUUCAAUCAGGGAAAUUGGCAGGGACAAAACAACACUUGUGGAGCUAGCCAACCAAUUUUGUCAAUCAAUUGGCUUACAGAAUCCUCCACCUCUCUUUCGUAAGACAGCAUUAAAAAUGGGGUUAAAAGAUAUUCCUGGCAUCCGGAUCCGAAAGUGACCUGAAUAUUGAGGGGUAAUCUAUUGAUUAGUUGGGUUGGAUUUAGAUUUGGUUGCUUAGAGUUGAGCAUGAUCUUUUCAUUAGUCGGAAGGCUACAUCAAAUAAAAGGUAUGUUCUUGCUUUGUGGAGGGAGACUUGGGAUAGAAGAAAAUUUGCUAUUGCUUUUGGAGACUUUGAAGAGGAGAGGGCGUGUUCUCCAUCUUGUUUUGAGCUACAUCUUCUGCAAUCUUCCAUUAAAUAUUCGUUAUGGAUAUAAAAAUGUGAGUUAUGGUUUAUUUAGAAAAUUUUAUUGUGAUAACAUAUUCACCUCUUGUGGGCCAAUAAUUUGGUAAAUAUUAUAUUUAAUUAAA